AUGUUCAUCAAGUCUACUGUCUUAUUCGCUGUAAUGGCUUUGACUAGAGCCACCGUUGCAACGCCUGUAAAAAGAGUCGACCCUGCCACGACCAUCAAUGUUUGGAUUCCUGAUAGGACCAGACUCGUUUAUUCAGAUGAUAAGACCGUGGCAAUGGGACCCAAGCAGAGGGGGAAAUUCGAAUUCUUUUCAGACGAUUUUAAGAACUCUAAUGAACAAGAUCAUUCGAUUCAAUCAUUCUCUUUGGAUGUUUUCGAAAGUGAUACUUAUGCUGUCAAAUGGCACUACAAGGUGAGAUCAUACAAUUCCAUUGCGCAAUCUACUGCUUCUUACCAGUGA